GAGCUUUAAUAAAAUUCUCACAAUCGAACAGAAGUCCCUUAUGAACUUGCCAUCACUCAAGGUUUUGCGACUGAACAGAAACUACAUCAAGAAACUCGAAGAGGACAUGUGGGUCGACACAAGACAUCUACAAAGCAUAGAUAUUGGCGAAAACUUGAUAUCUUCUAUUGCAAGAAAUGCAUUCUCGAAUUUUAAUAACUUGUCUUUGCUGAGCCUUCGAAGUAACUCAAUCGAAGAACUCGAUGUGGACGUUUUUCAAAAUAACACAAAUCUUACUUACCUGUGAGUAUUAUCGCAGAUUUUUGUAUGAAUGGGAAACCAACCAUACUACGAUACUGCUACGAAACACUACGAUGCUAUCACGACCUGACUACUAUUGUUACGAAGCAUUACGACACAGCUACGAAAUACUACG